AUGACACUAGCACCUUCCAUACUGAUGCUCAAACUGCCACUCCCGCCGUGCCUCCCUCAGUGGGUGAACAAAGACACGGGCCUCGACGACUGGAUGCACCAGUCGGCCCGCGACGCCGACCGCUUUACCGACUGGGGCUUCGACCAGUGGGACCAAUGGCGCAGGGGGUACGACGCCCUCGUCCAUCAUCUUACAGAAGCCAUUCCAGAUGGAAAGAUCAGGAUGUUUUCGCCCGUUUGCAAAAUUUUCUGGGAUCAAGACGAAGACGCCCGGGUCCUAGUGGUCACUCAGGAUGGUGCCUCCUACCUGGCCGACCACGUCAUCGUCACGGCCUCCGUCGGCCACCUCAAGGACCGCCAGGCUAGCCUCUUCGAGCCCGCCCUGCCGCAGAAGUACCGAGAAGCAUUGGCGGUCAGGCAUCGCUCCUGUGUAACAGAGCUUGGACUCGCGGACAAGGUGCAGCUGGGAUGGGAGUCCCCAUGGUGGGGACACACAAACUUUAGCCUCAACAUUAUAUUCACCAACAAUAUCCUAGGCGAAAGAUCUUGGCUAAAAGGAAUUAUGGAAUUCCUGACAGUACAUAAUCAGGGAAGCAUGCUGCAAGCAUUCGUCCCAGGAGAGUAUGCCAAGAAGAUGGAAAAUCUCGGCGAGAAAAGAGUAAAGCAGCAUCUGGUGUCCUUCCUUUCUGAUGUCAUGGGCCAAAGAAUUCCAGAACCGACUUUCUUCAGAAGGACUCAAUGGCAGAAGAACGUCUGGAUGAGGGGAUCCUACAAUUCCUAUGUGACUGUAGAAGGAGGCAACACUGUCAUGCGAAAUAGCCGUCAGCCCCUUGCACAGUCUGUGGAAAAGUUUGGGAAGCCGGUGCUGCUGUGGGCAGGUGAGCACACCCACACCACCCGCUACGGCACCGUCGACGGCGCAAUGGAUACAGGUGAGCGAGAAGCCAAGAAGAUCAUCGCCUACAGGAAAGCCACACGUGGUUGACCUUCAUAACCAACGGCCAUCCUUCGCCAGUGACCUUUUUGAACAGCGGGAUAGAUGAAACGUAGCUGCCUCUUAGUUCUCAUA